AAGAGGCCCCGUUGAAAAGACAGAUCCCGAAGUGACGUCUUCACAACACCAGCUGACUGCCCACUCCCUGCCAGAUAUAACCUUCAAGUCGUCACCACCACCACCACCACCACAAUGUUCUCCAACCUCAAGAGUAAAAUUGGGGACGUGGACCUGAAGCGCCUCUCGUCCCCCACUACCCUGACUGGGUCCAGACAGCGGUCCCGCCAGCAGACCCCCGGCAGCGUCACCCCUACCCCCUCCACCUCACACUCCCGCCAGCCCUCUGUGGUGUCCCUGCCUGGUCUGGUGUCCGCUAGCCCACCCCUCUCACCCACCACCACCACUGCAGAUCAGGAGAGACCCGGCCUGGAGAAGGAACAAGAGCUGGAACAUGAAAUCUCGAAGUUACGUUUGGCACUGGAGGCUCAGCAGGACUCGGCACUGGACCGCCUCAAUGCCAAGGAGCGUGAGUGGAGGGCCAGGCUGGAGGAGGAGAGGGAGAGGGCAGCAGGGAUGGCCAAGGAGCUGCAGGAGGUACUGGAGAGGGAGAAGAAGAUGAAGGAGCAACUGGAGGCUUCUGAGGGGAACAAGAUGAGUGUGGCCGCCCAGCUCAAGCAAGCCCAGGCCAGAGUCAAAGGUUUGGAGGUGAGGGUGUGUGAGAUGCAGGACAACUAUGACCAGCUGGAGGGGCUCAAUGCACAGGAGGGAGCCAAGGUCAAGCAUAUGCUUUUGAAUGCUAACAGUGAGCUGGACCACCUGAAGGAGGAGUUGAGACAGAAGACAGAGGCACUAGCGGCAACUGAGGCCAGGCUGGGGCGACUCCAUGGCUUAGAGGAGAGGGUUGGGGCACUCAGCGAGGAGAAGACCGAACUGGAAACACAAGUGGCGGGGCUCGGACAGAAGCUUAGGGCGGCUGAGGCUAGAUGCCGAGCAGUGGAGGAGUCAAAGGAGGAGGAGGUGCGGCACUUGGAGGGGCGCGUGGCAACCUUAGAACAUCGGCACUCACAGUCUGGCCUUCAGGAGACAGACCGCGUACAGGCACUCAUUAAGGAGAGGGAAGGGGUGGAGCACAGUUUGGAGGAGACAAGGCAGCAACUGAACAACAUCAAGGCUUCAUGGAGCACCAAGAUCACCAGCCUAGAGGAGCAGAUUCACCACCUUAAUGCCAAGAUUGCGGAGGAUCAGACUGAUCUUCAAGCUGCAGAGGAAAGAACCACAACCCUCACCUCCACCAUCCACUCCCUGAAGGCAGAGGUGAAGGGGCUGCAGGAGGCCAAGGCAGAGGCAGAGCGGAGGCUGGUGGGGGAGGUGGAGCGGCUGGAGGAGGAUGUGGAGACCCUCAGAUGGCAGCUAGGGCAGAAGGAGGCUAGGGAGAAGGAGCUGGCCGGGCGAUUGAGUGCCGAGGAGGAGAAAUGUCGUUCCUGCACCGGUGUCCUUCAAGCAAAGAUUGAAACCAUUGCCUCUUUGGAAAUCACCGUCACUGAGCUGGAGGGGAAGCUGGCCGAGACAGAAACCAGCUUGACCACCACCUGUGAGGAGCUGCAGAAGGCACAGGCAGAGAAGAAGAGGCUGCAGGAGUCCAUAGCGAGGGAGAGGGGUGCCACGGAGGCUGCAGAGAAGGGCCGAGCUGAGGUAGAGGCCAGGCUGGAGGUCGUGUCUGGAGAGAAGGAGAGGCUGUCCAGGAACCUCGAUGAGUAUGCGGAGCGUGUGGAGACUCUGGAGAAGAGCGAUGUGGAGAGGGAGAAGGAGCAGAGAGAAGGUGUGGAGAGGUUGGCAGAGCUGGAGGCAAGGCUGGAGGAGGUGAACAGGGAAGCGCAGGGUCUCCGGGAGCAGCUAGAUGCAUCAGAGGCAGACCUGGUGAACAAGAUUGAGGAGUCUGAGGUGGUGAAGACGCUGAGGGAGAACGUGAAGGCAAUGGAGGAGGAACUGACGGAGAGUAAACAGAACCUCAAAAUACAAAGGCAGCGGCUGGCGGACAUGAAGAAGACACUGCAGCGAGAACUCCGCCUAACCCCGGACACCAGUGACUCGACAGCACCACCGCCACCACCACCGCAGGCCGCACCACCACCACCACUGGCCACGUCCUCCGCUGCGAUCAUUGACACCUCUGCGUCUUACCAGCCAGAGACACAGCAGCAGCAGCAGUGGGAGGCGAGGAUGGCGGCUGGCAAUGGCCCCACCUCCGCCACCAAUGGGAACGACAACUACUGUACCAUCAACCUGGCCUACCUGAAGCACGUCAUUAUCAAGUACCUCACCUCGCGGGAGUAUGAGGCCGUGCAUCUGACUCGAGCCGUGGCCACACUGCUCCACAUGAACCCCGAGGAGGAGCGACUGCUUAGGGAGACGCUGGAGUGGAAGAUGUCGUGGUUUGGGUCAAAGCCUAAUCUGGGUAAAGGACAGGGCGCCCUCACCAUCCCCCCCUCACAAUGACACGUGUGGGUGUGGCCCUAAUCCACCCAGCCCUCCACUGGCCCCCAGCUGACCCCCACACUGGCCUGGUGGGGGUUCAGGUACUGGUAUUGGUGACUGACGUGGCCUGGGAACACCACUCACCACACUGCUCACUGUUACUGGUGAUGUGUGGUGUGUGUGUGUGUUUAUGUGUGUGUGUGUGAUGAGGAGGUGAGGUGCUAAGGGGCAGUGUGUGUGUGUGGAUGGUGAUGUGACACUGGUUGCUACAUUAGAGAGAACAAACACACACACACACACACACACACACACACACACACACACACACACACACACACACACACACACACACACACACACACACACAUUAAAUGAUAUGUGAGAGGUGAACGUUAGGCAAACAAAUUAAAACGAGUAACUUUAUUGCAUCUUUAUUACACUGCUUCCUCCUUCCAAGAGAGAGAGAGAGAGAGAGAGAGAGAGAGAGCUUCCCAGGCAUAGCAGUAAUCUCAUCAAAAGUAGCAUUAUUUAGAGUCACACCUUUUAUAAUAACCACCCUAGCGGUCUCAGUGGUGGAUGUCCCUUGUCCACAUCAGGGAAGAGUCCGCAGCACUGUUUUCCACCUCACUUUGCUGAUUACUGAGUCCACAUAGCACUAACACUCUGCUGGCUGACUUUUUAUCAUUGUUAUCUUAUUUAUUAUAGUUCUUUGUGUGUCCAUAAGAAUGUGGGGAUGUUUGGGACAGGUUAGUGUGUGGAGGUGAAAGAGGUGAAGAAUGUGCCCCUGUCAUAGCUUUCAGUUCUUCCUCAGUGUUAUCAGGAUUGGAUCACUGUGCACUACUGGGAAAAACACUCUAACUUGGUGCGAGAAAUGAAUGAAAUGAAUCGAAAACUACACUAUUUUGACAGCAUAGAAAAGCGUUAUUCUUUCUUGAGGUGGAAACAAAAAAACUGACACACACACACACACACACAGUUUAGCAUUUUCAUCCCUCAGCCUCAUACCAGGUUAGAGUUGUUUCAGUAGUGUCUCGAGGAUCAUGCCAAGAGUUCAGGUACAGAAUAUUCUCCCCACACUGCCCGGAGAAGGUCAGCUUGCCUCUGUCCCUUACCGUAAAGUCAGGUUACUGCACUGAAGGUUGAGGUAAUGCUGGCUAAUUGUUCAGUGUGUGUGUGUGUGUGUGUGUGUGUGUGUGUGUGUGUGUGUGUGUGUGUGUGUGUGAUUACCAGGAAGGUCAUUAUCAUCUCUGUUCUUGUGUUCACUGUUCCUUUCCACAUCACUGCCACAGCCUCUCAAUUCCUUUACUAAGAAUUACAAAUAGGAGUGCUGGUGGUAGUGAUGGUGGUGGUACUUUGGUUGUAAGAGCAUAUACAAGAAUGAUAUUGUUUCUACUGAAGUGUUUUAUCUGUUUCAGCUACUCAUAAUAACAGGAGGGUCACUUCUUUUCCCUUUCUUGAAUCUGAUGGUGGCUUGCCUAAAUGGUCUCUAGACACAUACAUACACACACACAUACAUGCAUACAUACAUACAUACAUACAUACAUACAUACACACUGUCCCAUCACCUUCCAUGGAAUUCUCUAGUCAUAUACACUGUGUGGGUUAUUGUUUUUGUUGUUAAGUAUUUCCUAUGUUUGUUUCCAUUCAGACAUUUAUAUCAAGGUUUCUAAUGUGUGACGUGCCUGAUUGUGAAAUGCCAAGUGUGUUUCCCCUGAAGGUGGUGUGUUGAGAGUCUUUGGUGAGGAGUAUAGUGGUGGGGAAAGCCAGCAUAGGUGCACCCAAGCUCAUCACAACAUCUUAACCAUCCUUAGUGUGUGUGUGUGUGUGUGUGGGUGCUGGUGUGCGUCCUGCUGGUGUGAAUUAAGGUCAGGAGUCUGGUAGCUGAGAAACAUUGGUAUAAUUAAGUUUGUUGACAUGCACCGAGGAAUUAAUAUUAGGGAGUGUUUUGUGUAUAGCUCUGUGUGUAUACUCGGCUAUAUGCAAAAUUCAUUCCCACUUAGUUUUAUAGUCUCCAUUAUGAUGUUUCAGUACGUUUUCUAAAUACAGAUAUGAAAUGUAAAUAGAUAUGUUUAAUAUAUUAUGCAAGUUUAUA